AUGUCUACUUCCGGUGCAUGUAUGAACUCCGGCGAGUUUUCCGGCGAGUUCCCGACGUUCCGGUUGCUAGUGGUGGAUGAUGAUACGUUUUAUUUAAAUAACUUGGAACAAACACUUAAGAAGUGUCAAUAUGAAGUCACCACGUGUAAUCGAGCAGAGGAUGCAUUGUCAUUGCUACGCGAUAACAAAAACAACUUUCACUUGGUUAUUAUCGAUGUCCACAUGCCAGACAUGGAUGGUUUUGAACUUCUUAAGCAUAUUGCUCUGGAGAUGAACCUGCCUGUUGUAAUGAUGUCUGCAGAUGAUAGUCGAAGUGUAGCUAUGAAAUGUGUGAUUGAUGGUGCACAUUAUUGUCUUAUCAAACCGGUGAGCAUGGAGUCACUACAGAACAUUUGGCAACACAUUGUUCGACAUAAUAAGGACGAGUGGAAGUGCCAGAUUUUGGAUCAAUCAGGAAAUGUGGAACAACCGAAAGAAGUUGAGUAUUCAUGUGUAACUAAUGAAGUGAGGUUGAAAAGCUCAAAGAAGAAAAGGGCAGAGGAAUAUGAAAUGGAAGAAAGGAGUGAUACGACCACAUUGAAGAAGGCACGUACGACUUGGUCAACAGAACUUCAUAGAAAGUUUUUAGAAGCUGUCGACUUUUAUGGAAUCAACAAGGCAGUUCCCAAGAAAAUUCUGGAACGGAUGAAUGUUGCGGGGCUAAAAAGAGAACAAAUUGCUAGCCAUCUUCAGAAACACAGACUGAUUCAACGGAAGAAUCAGAGUGAACAGAAUAAUGCUUGCAUGGGAGAUCCGGAAGCAACCAUUGGGACAAUGUCUAAUCGUUUUCAACCUCUUGCUCCUAUUAGUCAAUUUCCCGCUCAAAAUCUUGCCAUAUGGGGUAGGCCUGCAACAAAUUCUCCGAUGUUUGUUCCAUUAGCAGACCAGAGAAACCAUUUUAGCUUUGAAAAUCCCAUGUUGCGAUAUCAAGGUCAGCAACAGAUGAACAAUCGAAAUGAGCAAGUGAACUUGCUUUAUGGAAUCCCAACAGCUGUGGAACAAAAUCCGUCCUACUUGGGUAUGAAUACGCCAGUAGGAUGGAUUUCUCAACCACAGUUACAAGCUCAUAAUAUGCUAAGAGAAUCCAACAAGUUCCUAUCUCAGAAUGGUCUCGUUCACAAUCCACGAGAUAGUAUGUACAAUCAGGUUCCUCAAGCAUCAUCUUCAGCGAUAGACUGCUCAUUGAAUCAAAACAUAUCGUUUGCAGGAAACACCUUUCCUAUGAGUGGUAAUUCAGCAACAUCAACAACCAAGGAAGAUGUUAACUCUGAUGAUAUUUUCAACGAGCUGUAUCAGGAAAAUGUUGGAUCAACCCUGAAUACGUCUUAUCAUUCUAGUAUACACCACGGAAUCUGGUCAAUGGAGCAGAGUGGACAGAAUGUAAAUAGUAAUACUCUCAUCGCAGAAGCAGUUCUCUGUAGCGGGCAAGAAAAUGGACAUGUUAAUCCUGUGUCUCGUCCACAUGUCUCAAGCUAUCAGAGUGCCACUUUUCCUGAGCCAUCUGAUCAGGACCUCAUGAGCGCCAUGCUCGAGCAGCAACAACAAGAAAGUGAUGAACCGGUUGCAUAUGCUCAGUUUGGUGACGACAAUGAGGAUGCAUUAGGAAAUUUUCCAACGUAA